AUGCAGCGCCCGGACCGGCGGCUGCCCCGCCCGGGUUGCCCGGGCAGCGGCGAGGAAGCCGCCGCCAUGAGCAAGAAGCGGCUGCAGCAGCUGGUGGAGUCGCUGAGCCGCUCGGCCAAGCACUGUGAGUGCGGGCGAUGUCGGUUUUUCGCGUCCCCUGAGCCAGCUCAAUGUGCGAGGUCUCUGUAUCCCGCGGCUUUCCUCUUUGCGCCGCCGUUCCGCUAUUUCGGUGAUAAGGUUUGCUUGUGUUUCGGCUCCCCAGUUAAUAGAGCUGAAGUGGAAUGCCUCAUCAGGCUCUUCGACACGGUGAUGAGCGAGUCCCACAGCCGCUUUGCCGCGGUCGGCUUCGAUCGCAACGUGUUCCGAGACACGCUGCACCGCGCCUUCGGCAUGACGGACGACGUGCUCAUGGACAGAGUGUUCCGCACUUUCGAUAGAAACAAUGAUAAUUACAUCAGUGUGGUGGAAUGGGUGGAAGGCUUGUCGGUAUUUCUUCGGGGGACGCUGGAAGAAAGGAUUAAAUAUUGUUUUGAGGUUUAUGACCUGAAUGGUGAUGGAUAUAUUUCAAGAGAGGAGAUGUUUCAAAUGCUGCAAAACAGCCUUCUCAAACAACCAUCAGAAGAAGAUCCUGAUGAGGGAAUUAAGGACUUGGUAGACAUAGCACUGAAGAAAAUGGACCAUGACCAUGAUGGCAAACUUUCUUUUGCGGACUUUGAAGAAGCUGUCAAAAAUGAAAAUCUUCUCUUAGAAGCCUUUGGACCAUGUUUGCCAGACGUAAAGAGCAGUAUGGCAUUUGAAAGGAGGACCUUCCAGGAAAAGCGUAAACAGUAACUCCAACUGGAAGACUGCUCUAAGAAUUCUUCAUCAUUCCUCAUAGGACAGUAGAAAUAAAAGCAACACAAAAUAAUUGAUAUCUUAAAUUUCAAUAUUCCUUUACUGUAAAAGCUGUGGAAUAAAUAGAAUUUGCUUUUAUUACUUUAACUAAUUGCAGUUCUUUAAAUACACAGGACAAGGUUGCUACAGUAUUACACUGGUUUAGUUUUUAAUACUGGGACUGUUUUUAACAAGGAAUUGCUUGGAAAUGCAGUAUAAAACAAUUUUGUUUUUUAAAUUAAAAAAGUAGUAAGUAUUUUAAAUUAUAUCCUCAAUAAAGAACUGUAGAAAGAUGCUGCCAGCA